ACACAGGAAGUGAAGCGUUUAUCCUUCCUGCGGUGCACAAAACGCAUGGAGCCGUUUCGCCCGGUUUGUUUCACUUGAGCCUUCAUAUAUAUUUAACCCCUACAGUCAUUAACCGGUUGUCUGAGAUCAGAGAAGCCUCGCUCACCCACGUUAAAUGAAUUACAUCCUGCAGAUGUUGGUGUCUCUCUGUUCUUCAUCCUCAUCUUCGCUUCUGGAAACAAGCACUUUUAUUUUGACAUUCAGCCGGAUGUUAUGGGUGAAUAUCUUUGCGCACGCACGUCCACGCUGUGGAACACGUGAAGUGGGAGAACGAGGGGCUGGUGGCGACAUGUCCAAAGCGAAACAGAAACGAGCCAAGCGUCUCGGCUUCCUGGGGAAGUUGAAGGCCACUGAUGGACAAAAGGGUGACACUUCAGGCAGGACAAAGACUACAGAGCAGUCGUCUGUGCAACAUGUCAACCACCACAGAAAACCAGAAGAAAUCAGAAAGCAACGGCUCCAAGACCUCCAAGAAAAGCAGAAAAUGUCCAGAGAACGAGAGCUGAUGAAGAGGAGGAAUUUGCAAAGCUUUCAGCAUGACAUCUUACAGCGACAGAGGGAUUUUGAGCAGAGGGAGAUGGAGAUGCAGAGUUUGGAGAAGCAUGUUAAUUUUGAGAACGAGAAUUCGAGAAAGGCAUAUUACAGAGAAUUUAAAAAGGUUGUCGAGGCUGCAGAUGUGAUUUUGGAGGUUUUGGAUGCACGUGACCCUCUUGGCUGCAGGUGUCCUCAGGUGGAACAGGCAGUCAUUCAAAGUGGAACAAACAAGAAAAUAGUUUUAGUCCUUAAUAAAAUUGAUCUGGUGUCAAAGGAAAUAGUGGAGAAGUGGAUAAAGUACCUACGUAACGAGUUUCCAACUGUGGCUUUCAAAGCAUCUACUCAGCAACAAAACAAGAACUUGAAACGCAGUAAUGUUCCAGUGACCCAAGCCACCACAGAGCUCCUCAGUAGCAGUGCUUGUGUUGGCGCGGACUGCUUAAUGAAGCUACUGGGAAACUACUGCCGCAACCUGGACAUAAAGACCGCCAUCACUGUUGGUGUUGUAGGUUUUCCUAAUGUGGGAAAGAGUAGUUUGAUUAACAGUCUGAAACGGGCACGAGCGUGUAAUGUCGGGGCCACUCCAGGUGUCACCAAGUGCCUUCAACAGGUGCAUCUGGACAAACACAUAAAGCUUCUAGAUUGCCCUGGCAUCGUCAUGGCAAUUUCAACGACUGAUGCAGCAAUGAUUCUUCGUAACUGCGUGAAAAUCGAACAGCUCGUGGAUCCCCUUCCACCUGUUGAAGCCAUCCUGCGACGCUGCAACAAAGCACAGAUCAUGGAGCACUACCGAGUUCCAGACUUUCACACAGCCCUGGAGUUCUUGGCAUUGCUUGCCCGACGACAAGGCAAACUAAGGAAAGGAGGACUGCCGGAUACUGAUAAAGCAGCAAAGAGUGUAUUAAUGGACUGGACAGGGGGAAGGAUCAGCUACUUCACACACCCUCCAGACACACACACGCUCCCCACACACGUCAGCGCUGAGAUUGUUACAGAGAUGGGUAAAGCUUUUGACUGGGAUGAGCUGGAAAAAGGAAAUCAGGAGGUUCUUGCUGAGUCCUCUUGUCCUGACAUUCAGAUGGGCUUCUGCAUGGAAACCACUGGGAUGACACAGGGUGGCCAGGGAGAACCUCCUUCUGACCUGGAAAUGGAAAGAGUUUCCAUGGAGGAGCCAGAAUUUAAGGAGGAAGCAGAAUCUAUGGAGGAUGACCAGGACCCAGAGUUUGGACCUAUGACAGUGGAGAUAAAAUCUCAGAGGUUGAGGAAUGACGUGCCCGCAAAUGAGGCUGCAGCCAGAGCUCCGGAUCUGAAGGAUAUCUUGCAUGUAGAUCCUCUGCAGCAGGGUCAGGCUCUCCUGGCUGCUGGCAAGAAGAGGAAAAAGCAGCAGAAAAGAGCAGGUUUGUACAAAUAUCAGUGUCCGCCAUAUUAUUUUAUCAUUGACUUCAUUUACAUGGACACCAAUAUUUGGAUUUUCCGAUUACUUUAA